UGUCAUGUUUAUUCAUUAAGUUACAGGUAGAUACGCCUUUGUAAACCAGUCUUGUGGAUAAAAAUAGAAAUCCUAAAGCAUGUCUACAGGGCGGUGAGCAUAACUAUAUUGGGGCAGACAACUGAAUAAAAAAGGAUGUGGCUAUCAUCAGUGAUUGGUCUCUUUGCCUUUAAUGUCCUUGCUACAUUGGUAAAUGGACAGAAUCCUCCCACAUGGAUCAAUGACAUGAACGCAUUAAGAAUCGAAGAAGACACAGCAGUGGGUACUGUUGUCUAUACACUGUUGGCCCAGGGAGGGGGACCAGAUGGCAUCACCUACGAUAUGUUGGAAACAGAUAAGUUUAUUGUCAACAGAGCGACAGGUGAAGUAAGAUUGAGGAGGCUGCUGGACUAUGAGACAAACCCAACUUUAUUAGUAACAGUGAUAGCCACUGGCAGCAAUGGAUUACAGGCUCAGAGACAGUCUAGAGUUGUCAUCAUUGAUGCUAAUGAUGAACCACCUGUGUUUUCUACAGACACACUGACGGCAUCAGUGUCUGAGGAUGCCCCCAUUGGUACUACAGUGUAUUCCAAUCUCAGAGUCACUGAUGUUGACACAUCUAAUACUGGUACAAUUACAGUGGAGUGUAAUGUAACAAAAGCCCUAGCUAGCCCCUAUGUUGAUGUUUGUAACAAGUUUAAACUAAAUCGUCAGACAUCUUCCAACAAGGAUUGGAAUGGAUUUAUUUAUUUAGAUGGAACUCUGGAUUAUGAAACUAGACCAUUUUACCAGAUGCCUUUAACAGCUUAUGAUGGUGUACACUACACAGACAGAAGUUUAGAAAUAACGGUGUUGAAUGUCCAGGAUGCUCCGCCCAGAUUUAUUAUAGCUAAUGACGUCAACACACCAGAGGGAUUACCAGCGGGCACAAAUGUGAACUACGUGAAAGCAGUAGAUGGGGAUACAAGCAAUCCUAGAGACAUUCAAUAUUUUUUUACACAAACAACUGGAGACAAAUUUAUUAUUGAUCCUGUGACUGGAAACAUAACUAAUAGAAUCCCUUUGGACCGUGAAAGCCCAGCCUUUGCCAAGGGCCAUGAAGAUUUGGGCAUCAUUGCACGUGAAGUCAUCAGUUUAAAUCCACUGGUGCUAGGAAAUGAUGCUCAGACAACGGCUAGAACUUCAGUUCGUAUCAACAUAUAUGAUAUCAACGACCAGGCACCGACCUUUGACCCUGUCAACUACCAAGUGUCCAUUCCUGAGGAUACCCCAAACAAGACCCCCCUCCCCAAUCUGAGUCUGAGUGUGACUGAUUUGGAUGUGGGACCUAACGGUGUAUACACUCUGACUUUGGACCAGUACACUGCUGAGUUUGAAGUCUCCCCAGCUACAGGACAAGGAAGCACACCGGCCAUUAUUCUGGUCAAGAACACCUCCCUCAUAGAUUACGAAAGGGGACCAAGAGUUUACACCAUGAGGGUGAUUGCCAUUGAGACUCAAAACGAAACACCCAAGCAGUCAGGAACAGCCACAGUUACCGUCAACAUUCUAGAUGUCAACGACAAUCUGCCACAAUUCAAUCAAGCCAGCUACACUGAGAGUAUUCUGGAGACGGCCCCAGGGGGUACCAGUGUCACCAAAAUACAGGCUACAGAUCCUGAUUCAGGCAUUCGGGGGACUAGCGGCAUUCGGUUUGGCCUGAUUGGUGAUGGCACAAAUCUGUUUCGAAUUGAUCCCUCUUCUGGAGUUGUAUUUGUGGAAAAUUGUCCCACUCCAGGUGACGGAAAUUGUAUCGACUACGAGAAGAAGCGACGUUAUGAUCUGACUGUGACAGCUCGAGACGAGGAAGGAUCUGGACAAGCUGUUACAAUCAACCUCAUCAUCAACAUUCUGGACGUCAACGACAAUGCCCCAGAAUUCACAACCGCAGAAUACACCAGUUACAUUGAAGAGAGCAAGACAGAGCCUAGCCCAGUUGUCAUAGUAACAGCCAAUGAUCCUGAUUCUAACAGCGCAGUCACGUAUUCUGUGAUUUCUGACACUACUAACCUAUGGCAGAUUGAUCGGAAUAGUGGUAAAGUCACCGCUAAACGACCCAUUUAUUACAGUGAUACACCAUCAAACCAAGGAUUCUUUAUCAUCACUGUGCAAGCCACUGAUGGAAAAUUCAACCCGACUGCAAAUGUGCGGAUUUAUGUCAUUGAUAUAAAUGAUAAUGCUCCAAUAUUUGAAGCAAGCAAUUACAGAGAAGUGAUCAGUGAAACAACAUUAGGGAACUUUUAUGUACUGACAGUGAAAGCCAAUGACAGGGAUUCUCCUACGACGGGGGCUGGAAUCAUUGAUUACAGCAUUGAAGUGGGGGCCAGCGGUAAAUUUGUCAUCAAUGGGACGUCGGGUGUUAUCACCACCUCACCAGACGCCACCUUUGAUUACGAUUUGACCCGCUUAUAUAAUAUGACGGUGAAGGCAAGAGACAGAGGUCGUCCUCAGCAGACGGGCACCUGUUAUGUGACUAUAGACAUCCUUGACACAAACAAUAAGGAUCCAUACUUCACUCCUUCUACACAAAGAGCAGAUGUCUAUGAAAAUGUCCCCAUUGGAUUCAGUGUCCACAAGAUGCUGGCCACAGAUCCAGAUGACCAGUCCCAGCUGAACUUUUUCAUCGUGGAACCUAUAACUGCUAUCACACCAGAUGGAGUCUUAGUAGACAGAAACCUUUAUGAUAUCACGCAACUGUUCUCUAUAGAACAGCAGACAGGGGAUGUGAAAACAAAGAGUAAGCUAGACCGAGAUCGUGCCUCUGUGGUGACCCUGACCGUCAAUGUUGUCGACAUAACCGCGAGUCCACGACAAACAGGAACAGGACAACUUAUCAUCAACAUCCUGGAGUACAACGAUCAACGACCGGAGUUCUUACCCUACAGAAAUGUAACGAUCGAUGAAGAACAACCUAUAGGAACGUUUGUGAUGGCCUUACUGGCCACAGAUCAGGACGAUCCAAUUGCAGAGUACCAGAUUAUUGAUAAUCCAAAUGGAUUCUUUGCCAUUGGUUACCAGACUGGUGUGGUAAGCAUUAGUAGUCGUAUAGAUUUUGAGUUGGUGGAAUCGUCCUCCUUCACGGCCCAGGUAUGGGACAGUGGUACCCCCCGCCUGGACAAUACGGCUACUGUAUAUGUCACCAUCAACAACAUCAACGAUAAUUCACCAAUAUUUGAUAAGGGAGCUUACCCAGUCAGAAUACCAGAGAAUUCACAAGGAGGUAGAUUUGUGACAAAUGUACGAGCUGUGGAUAAGGAUAAGGGGGAUUAUGGGGUAGUGCGAUAUUCCCUCGAUCCACAGGAAACAAGGUUUACCAUCGACAGUGUCUCAGGGGAGAUAAAGGUAGCACCAGGGGCCAAACUUGACCGUGAAGAACUGGGCGACAUUAGUAUUCAGGUCACAGCCUCUGACAGUCCCCUGUAUCCUGUUGUUCGUAGAUUCUCCACUGUCACGGUUUACAUUACCCUGGAGGAUGAGAAUGACAACCCCCCUAUUUUUAACCAGCCCGAGUACCUCCAGCAGAUUAUAGAGACCAUUCCUAUCUUUACCCACGUCCUCCAGGUGUUCGCUAAUGAUGCAGACGCCGGUAACAAUGCCCGCUUACUGUUCUCUAAGGUUCCCAACUCAGGAGACCCUGAUAAUUUCUUUGCAAUUCAACCAUCAAAUGGAAGAAUCAGUGUAAACAAAAGCUUGCUGAGGAACUCAGGGACAUAUGUGUUCUAUGUCAUGGCACGUGAUGAAAAUGGUAGUGGACCAUUUAACAGCACUGCCAAAGUGACCAUCAUUGUCCUGGAAGCCACCAACUCCCCACCAGAAUGGACAAUUCCACCACUGGAUAACAUGACAAUCAAUGUUUUAGAGGAGCAGUAUCUUGGAAUGUUGGUUUAUGAUGUGGAAGCAAAAGAUGCUGAUCGUAAUGACAAUGGUAUUAUUGACUAUGGUUUCUACGUAAAUGGCGUGUAUACUACCACCACUAAUGAAUUCCGCAUCAACUCUAUCACUGGUGUCAUCAGGGCAGAAAAAGUCUAUGACAGGGAAACCAGAGAUCGCUACCUGCUCCUCCUGGUGGCACGGGACCGCGGUGACCCAUAUCUGGAGACCACUCGAUACUUGUCAGUCAGAAUUCUGGACGUCAAUGAUAAUGUUCCCAAGUUCCCAACCAAUUCUAAUGGCGAGACCAAAGUAAUACAGUUUGAAGAUGUAGAUGAGAAUAAACCAAUUAAUUCCAUCCUUGGAAGACUAAAGGGAAGUAGUUUUGAAGCCAAGGACAUCGAUGAUGCUCAGUAUGCUAAAGUCUAUUAUUAUAUCAUCAGUGGAAAUGAGAAGGGUAAUUUCCGUAUGGUCCCAGAAACUGGAGAAUUAAUCUUAGUCAAAGCAUUGGAUAGGGAGGUACAAAGUGUGUACAACCUGGAUAUCCAGGCCACAAACAACAUUAGUGAUUAUACGGUUAUCCGGAAUAGACGCAAACGAGCCCUAGAUCCAAGUAUAGCCACGUGGAGGAUCCAGAUCAAAAAUGCCAAUGAUGUACGGCCCGACUUUACCCAAAAUCUGUAUCACGGCUGUAUCUCAGUCCGCUCCUCUCUGGGUCAGAGCAUAAUGAAGGUAGAGGCUAAGGAUGCUGACUCGGUCGGCUCCGUCACUUAUUCCAUACAGUCCGGAAACACAGACAACGCCAUCGGAAUCGACUCUGUCACAGGCGUUCUCUAUAACGCCAUUCUGAUGAAUAACUACGGAGGCAGAACUUUUGACUUGAAGCUUAGGGCUACUGACCAAGGAACAUUGUACCACAAUACUACUGCCCUGGUUUUUGUAACAGAACCAAGUAGAGAAGUGAAAUUAGUAGUGAAACAGCCAGCUACAGAAGUCAGGCAGUUCUUUGAACAAAUCAAAAAGUCUCUACAAAAGCCAAAUGCAGAUGGCAAAAUUGUAUUUGAUUAUAUAUGUUCAACCAAGAUUGUCGACCAUGUUCUAGAUGAUGGAGAGACCACGUCCUUGUGGUCUGAUGUGUACAUCUCCGCUGUGUGUAAGGCCUGUAAUAACAUGGCGUAUUAUAUCUACCCUGGUGAAACAUUACUCAAUCUACUCAACCAACAAAGAGAUGCAAACAGGGACCAGUUUGAAAUGUUAUAUAUUGAAAGCAUGGAACAAGGUGACGCAGAAAAGGAAUAUUUGGACCGGACACCCACCCUAGUGGUGAUGAUACUGGUCAUCAUCCUCAUUAUCCUCGCUCUCCUCUUCCUCCUGUGUGCCUGCUGCUUCAUUAGAAACAAAAAUAGGGAAAAGGAAAAGAGAUUACGCCACAAGACAUACAGAGGACCAAUAUAUGAUCCAUCAUUUCAACAAGUAGAUCAGUUUGCUGCCUAUGAUAAUCGAGGGUAUGAGCCAACAGAGCCUGCCCCCAGAGAACCAAUGUAUGCCAAGGUCUCCAAAGAUCCCGUCAGUCGAGCUCCAGAGCCUGUUCCACAGCAGACGGAGGAAAUUAACGUAAUAUUGAAGGACGACGACGAUAGUCCAGCAGCCAGCCCCCCGGCCAGUCCAAAAGAGACACCCCGCCUCUUAGACCCUGCAGAGGAAGAUUACAGGAUAGAGACAGAAGUCAUGUGAUCAGUGAUCUAGCUCUGAUUGGACAAUUCAGGAUAGCUAUGAUUGGUCAAUUGUAACUUAGGAGUGAUUGGACAAUUGCAAACUAGCAGUGAAAGGAAAUCAUUUAUUUAAAAUGCUAGAAAAUCAAGAGGGUUGUUUUAUAUGUCACUUGCCAUGUAAAGAUUUAUAUAAUUGAUGGUUCAAUUGACUUAAGGUUGUGAUAUUUUGUUUAAUUCAAAGAGAAAUUUCGUAAGCCUUGGGCAGUUUUGUUAUAUGCUAUUGUUUUGAGAAAUUCUGAUUAUAAUUGUCAAUUAUCCUGCUGCCAUGAUUUUGUGUAGCUUGUUUACUGUCAUUCGAUUUUUUUUAAGAAAAAAAGGUUUGCCAAAUAACGGAUAGGAUUAAACUGCAGGGGGAGGUUAUUCUUUACUUCUGUUUUCCUAACCAACAUAAAUAAAUGUUUUCAUUGCUGAGCAAAACAGAUUCGAGUAUAUUACAGAUAGUGUCAAAGAAUACUUGUUUGAAUUUGUAUGUUUUUCAAAUUAGGGUAGCACAGCACUUAGUGGUAUGUGUAUGUAGUAGUUGAAUAUACAUGUUAUUAUUUUUUUCUUUCAAUAUAUUAAGGUCAAACGCAACGUAGUUUGAACUUUAUUGAGUUCUUCCCUGGAGCUGAAGAGUUCCACUAAAUGAAGGACCUGUGUACAAUACUUUUAAUGCCUAUAUAUGGAUUUGUACACCUCUUCUAAAACAAAUUUUGAUGGAAAAAAAUUUUGAAUUAAUGUUUUGUAAUUUUUGUAUAUUUUUCUUUGUCAAUAAUGCAAAAAUUUUCAUAAUUUAAUAUCUUCCAAAAACCCCUGGUAGUGCAUGCUGAUUUUUUGUCUAUAAACAUCUGAUGACACUGUAAUCUUAAAUAAAGAAUAUCUUGAAAAAUUACCAGUAGGUAAGGUACCUUGCGUAUGUCCUUAAUUAAGUAAAUAUCAGAACAAUCAGAUAAUAGGGUAAGAAAUAAAAACAUUUUAAGAAUAGUAAUUGUGAUACUGAGUAUUCUUAAAUUGCAGUACUAAGUAAUAGAAAGUGCAUAUUGUUAAGUUCCACUAAUUCACAUUUUGUCACAUAAAUUGAUUACAAAGUGCUAUAGCCAUUUAUUUGAAACUUUAUAUACAAGUUCCAGUUCAUAUUUUUGCUGUAUCUUUGACAGAAGAGAAUCUCAUUGUUUCAUUGUGAGUAUGUACAUGUACACUGUAUGCAUGAAUAUUUUGAUAGACUGUGUGCUAUUUUACAUUCCUGUAACCUUUUUGAUACAAAUAUAUAUAUUUUUUUUAUGAAAGUGAAUUAAAGUUUAUAUACAUAUUAAA